CGGGAACGAUCAGGCGUUAACAAGGGCCUCUACAUAUGCAAAUGGAGUCGAGGGCCAGAUCCCUAUAAAUGCUGAUCCUGACGCGGGGGGCCACCGCACACGCCCUCUGGCAUCCGUAGGAUUCACAUGUCACCGAGCAGCACUGGGAAGAAGAUGGUGAAAUACUUUUCCGUGGACUGGCUGGCCCAGAGCCAUCAGAACACCGGGCUGACGGAGCACGGACCGGGCGCGGAUGCUGCGCCAACCAGCAGACCUCACAUCCCCUGCAUGGUGCCGCCGCGUCCUCCGACGUUUGGCAAAGGUUACCUGCAGCUGAAGCCCACGGCACCAAAGUCUACGGAGCACGUGGGGUCAGCGGAGAGCAACGGGCGCGAGGACUCGCCCCUGCCUCCAUCCAGCUGCGCGUCACCAAUUUCAGAAAACAGCGGGUAUUCAUCCGGGUACGAGAGCGAGGCGGCCUCGUCAGAGUGUCUCUCCGUGGAUGACGGACGCGAUGGGGAGAAAGACGCGCCGCAGCGUCGCGCGCGCACGAAGUUCAGCCCGGAGCAGAUCGGCAAACUGGAGAAGAUCUUCAAUAAGCACAAAUACCUGGACGCCGGAGAGAGAGUGAAGACGGCACAGAAGCUAAACCUCACAGAAACGCAGGUUCGCACGUGGUUUCAGAACCGCAGGAUGAAGCUGAAGCGCGAGGUCCAGGACUACCUCGCCCCGCCAGUACCGCCGCUCAUGUUCCAGCCCCUGCCCCCGGCUCAGUACCACAGCAUGGGCGGCCAGCAGCCCCACUUCCCGGGGAGCGAGCCGGCCUUUCACCCGCUGCCCGUUCCGCACAUUGUCUUCCAGCAGCAGAUGCCGGCUUAUCACCCUCCUCACCUCAUGAUCCACAACCAACACUUCUACUGAAGACACUGUCGAACUCUGUGACUGAAACACUUAACGUUUGUGCAAUUCGUAGUUUAAUGUGUAAUAUUAUUAUAUUUGUUAAAAAAGGUUGUAUAUAAUUUAAAGAUGAAUAUAUUUAUCAUUAAAUAAAAUGUAUCUUAUCUACUGUAGCUAUUGUCUUUGCGCCUGUCUGUAUCUUCUCACACACACACACACACACACACACACAC